AUGGACCAGUUGACGAAGAGUGCCCACUUUAUUCCAAUCUAUGAGAGCAUCUCCGCUGAGAAAUUGGCGGAUAUUUAUGUACGAGAGAUGGUGGCUAGGCAUGGGGUGCCAAUGUUAGUAGUCUCUGACAGAGAUGUUCGAUUUACAUAUAGAUUCUGGAAGAAGUUCCAUGAGGAACUGGGUACUCAGGUGGGGGACUUUGUGUUACUAAAGGUGUUGCCAUGGAAAAGGGUCAUCAGGCUUCGUAAGAGAGGAAAGUUAGGGCUGCGAUAUAUUGGCAUGUUCAGUAUUUCGGCCCGAGUGAGCAAGGUGGCUUACCGCUUCGAUCUUCCGGAUGAGCUUAACCAGAUACACAAUACCUUUCAUGUGUCACAGCUUCAGAAUUGUGUCACCGACGAGGCUGCGGUCGUUUCAUUGGACGACAUUCAAGUGGACGAGAGUCGGAACUACAUUGAGAGGCCUGUUGCAAUUUUAGAUAGGAAGACAAAGGUUCUUCGGAACAAGGAAGUGAAGCUAGUGAAGGUGCAAUGGCAGCACUGA